AAUGUACAAUGGUUAAGUUUCAACAUUAGACUUCCGAUUACGAAAGUGUGUACAGUGCAAAUAAACGGUUUAUAAAUAUAAAACUGUCACAAGUGUAAUUUUCUAUUCCAUAAAUCCAAGUAGAUAAUACUUUCUGAACUACAUACAAAGUUUAUUUUAUUUUUGUAUAGUUUUUACACCUUUCUCUUCGGCCAUUCUAGAGAGAACUGCGAAAAUAUAGGUAAUUUUCAGAAAAAACAACACAAAAUAAAGAAGCCGCCAUGUCUGGAUACCCGUAUGGAAAUCCCCAAUUCCCGCAACAACCAAAUCAGAUCUAUCCACCAAUUGACCCUAUGCAACCGUCAUAUGUACCACCACCAGGCCAAGCAAUGCCUGGUUAUCCAGGACAAAAUAUGCAGUAUCCAUAUCAGCCAGGGUUUGCCAUGUACCCUGGACAACAACCGGGAAUGCCUCCAUCAGCUAUGUCUUACCCAAACAUAGCACCCACACCCACAGCUCCAUUGUAUGGUUUUCCUAAUAAUACACCUCAACAACCAAUGCAGUUUGUACAAUGGAUUCCCGCUACUACACAAAGUGCACAUAGUUUGAGUGACAGAGCUGUGGUUGCAGGCUAUGAAGGUUAUGACCAGAGUCCUCUCUGGGUCAUUCGAGCGAGACUGGAAGGUGACCUCAUACCUGGCAAACUUGCCAUCAAACAUCAUGCAGCAUAUGUACCAUGGGAUGGCAGAGAGAAUGCUGUACCAAAUUUUGAGGUACUGUGUGCACCAGCAGACAGAGUGCGCUGGAUAGAAAGCAGGGACGGUGUGAUUCCACCCAAUGCUAUACCAGCUGGUAAUACUGCAUCUGGAGAGCCGUUAUAUGUGGGCAGAGCUCGGGAACAAGGCUCGCUAACUCCAGGAAAGGUACAUCCAAGCCACAAGACAAUGUAUUUAUCGUUUGGAGGCAAGGAAAUAGGACACCGGGUGUAUGAAAUACUGUGUUCAGCAUAAACUACACAAGAUUUUAUUAUUUUUCUGGAAUUUUUAUUGUAAUCUCUUAGUGUUAAAGUUAGUAUUAACAUCGCCUAAGGCGAGACUCUCAUGAUGCUAAGAAAUACUUACGAAGUUGAGAUAAUAUUAAGUUGGAAUUUUAUUAAGG